AGGAGGGGGUCAUCUGGCUCCCUCAGUUCCUCCCUCAGUUUCUCACUUACUCACCCUACCAUCAUCUCCCCCUUCGUGCCUGGAUCCAAACCCCAGCUCUUCCUUGGCAAGUCACUUAGCCACUCUGAGCCUCAGUUUCCACACCCGGAAAAUGGGGAUAAUGAUAGCACUUCCCGCAUCGGGUGGUUCUCAGGAUUCAGCGAGAAAUUCCAGAAACUUAAAAUAGUACCUGGCACAUGGCAAGCAAUGAAAAGGUCCCGGGCGACAUGGUUUCUGCGGUGGCCCCCGGCGUCGCCGUCUCUCUGCUGCUGCUCCUGAGGGCCCUGCCCGUGGCCGCCCACUCUGUGACCUUGCUGGAGGACACGGGGGGCAGCGGGGAGGCCGAGGGCUCAUCGGCCUCCUCCCCGAGCCUCCCGCCGCCCCGGACCCCGGCCCUCAGCCCCACGUCGGUGGGGCCCCAGCCCACGCCCCUGGUGGGCCCCAGGCCCCCCACCAACUUCCUGGACGGGAUCGUGGACUUCUUCCGCCAGUACGUGAUGCUCAUCGCCGUGGUGGGCUCCCUGGCCUUCCUGCUCAUGUUCAUCGUCUGCGCCGCGCUCAUCACCCGCCAGAAGCACAAGGCCUCGGCUUACUACCCGUCGUCCUUCCCCAAGAAGAAGUACGUGGACCAGAGCGACCGCGCGGGGGGCCCCCGGGCCUUCAGCGAAGUCCCCGACAGGGGCCCCGCCGGCCGGCCCGAGGAGGCCCUGGACUCCUCCCAGCAGCUGCAGGCCGACAUCCUCGCCGCCACCCAGAACCUCAAGUCUCCCGCCCGGGCCGCCCCGGGCGCCGGGGACGGAGCCAGGGGGACGGAGGGCAAGUCGCAGGAGGAGAAGCGCAGCCAGGCGGGCGACCAGGAAGCCCAGGGACACGGGGACCCUGCGCAGAAGCCGGAGGUGCUGGAGGAGCCGUGCCCAGUGCUGGCUGACGGGGCUCUGGUGGCCGAUGAAGCCCAAGGGGAGCCAGAAGCGGCUCCCUCAUCAGCCCAGGAAGCCGGGGACCCGGCUGGUCCCCCCGAAAGCUCCUGUGCUGGCAGCAGUGUCCCCCCCAGUGUCUAAGAGGCCUCCAGGGCUGCCCGCCCUGACUGUCAGACCACUAUUGGUCACCUUCUUGGGCAUGCAAAGGCCUUUGGUCCUUACUGCUCCCGGACACCCCCUCCUCGGCCGCCCCCGCUGCAAAUCCCGGCGUGUCCUGAUCCCACAGCGGGCGGAGAUGCUGCUCUCCAGGCCCCCCCAGGAAUCUCGCCAAGCCCCAGAAACAUUUGCCUCUGCGGCCCCAAAGGGCUACAUCUCACAGCUCCUCUGGGGAGGUGGGGAGGGGGACGUGCCCCCGUCUGAGCCACGAUCCAGCCGCCCCCGGAAAUCAGCCACGUCAACUGGGAAACACACAUCGCAGGUCCCUGUGGCGGUGCAAACGUCGCCGCUUUUCCAUCGAGGGAGAAAAAACCCAAAAUAACUAGUUUCGGAAGAAGUCGAAUGGGAGUUGCUGACGUGGGCUGGUGCCGUUAGAGCUACCGCAGAAAGGGGCCUGAUUAAUCAGGAAGCUUCUGUGAGGGGCUCCUCCACGGGGCGUGACAGCUCCCUAAGCGAGCGUUUCCCAAACUGGGUUCCCUGAGGUACCCUGUGGAAAAAAGAUUUUUGAGGUCCAAUGGGUUGGGGAAACACAGCCACUGCCUCUCUGCUCCCCAUGCCCCCCUCGAGCACCCCAGGGCUCUGACAAGUCCUGCAGUGAAGGCCCCUGGGGACUCUGGUUUUGCUCAGCCUUUCUCAACUGCUUUUGACCGUGGAGUCCUUUUCUCGUUGCUUCCGGCUGCAGAGUAACAUCCUGCAGAGCGCACUCUGCAAAGAACUGCUCUAAACGUUCCCGAAGGCGCCCCGCAGUUUCUGGUUGGUCCAGCAUGUGGUGUGCGGGGGUCUGGACCCUCUCCAGGGCUGCCUCUCAUCUCACUAUUGCUUUCCCGUCAGGACCCCAAGUAGCCUGGAAGCUGGAGGGCUGCGUGUGAGGGGACCCCGCUCUGCUGGAGUCUGGGGGAUCGGGGAGGGUUUCCGACGCCCAGCCUGGAGUAGGGGGCCUGGCCCCCUGCCCCGCACUCACACGUGUGGUCUGGCAGCCUGUGUCUACUGCAUUCUUUAGUCCUCGACAGGGAGCCUGGGCUCCGUCCUGAUCUGGGGGGCCUCCGGUGGGGGGUCGCCUUCCCUGUCCCUCUGUCCGGGUCCCCCAGCCUCUGCACAGCUCUCCAGGUGCUGGGAUAUAACAGACCAGCACAAUAAACCUUUAUU